CUUCCCAAAAGCGAAAACCCCCCAAAGCCCAAAACCCUAGCUCCGGUGCUCGCCACAGCCGCUCGUUUCUCCAUCCACCACAGGCCCACAGCCAUGGUGCUCGGCCUCUAUCCCUUUGUCGACAUCGCCGCCGAUGGCGCCCCUCGCCUCAACGCCGCCGCCGGAGAGGAGCUCGUCCGCGUCGAGCGCGCCACAGCUGUAGCCCUCGGCCCACGCACGCCGGAGCCCGCCGGCACCCUGUUCAUCACCACCAGGAGGGUGAUUUGGCUUAGCGAGGUCGAGAAGGGAAAGGGCUACGCGGUGGAUUUCCUUGCUGUUUCGCUCCACGCUGUGUCUCGCGAUCCAGAGGCGUACCCUUCCCCUUGCAUCUACACGCAGAUUGAGACAGAAGAUGGCUCUGAUGAGGAGUCUGAUGAAUCAGAUUCCGAAGCAAAUAGGGAAAUAGAUCUAGCAAAAGUCACUGAGAUGCGUAUCAUACCAUCUAAUCCUUGUCAGUUGGAUGGACUCUUUGAGGCAUUCUCACAUUGUGCUGAAUUGAACCCUGAUCCUAAUGCUGAGAGUGAUGAAGAGAAUGGCUGGGCUCAUGGAAAUGAAGGUGAUGAAGAUAUGACUGAUGGAAGUGAUGCUGAGUGUGAGUUUUCAGAUGUCAACCCAAUAGGUCAAACGGAUGCUCAUGAUAUUACUCAUGCUGUAGUUGAGCUUCAGAUAAAUGAUCAACGUUUUGAGGACGCAGAGGAAGCAGAACAUGACACACGUGGAAAUGGACACUAGUGCAGAUUAACUCAUUUGGACCACCUUGUAAACUUGCAUCAAUGGCAAUGUGUGCGAGAGCAAAAGGUCUUGCUAUUGGUCAAGAAAAUGUAAGUUGAAAGCAUCCUGGAUGUCUUUGUAUGCGUUGUCUUUUGUAAAAAUACAUGUACGAUCUUGUAACUUCAUAUUCCAAGCUAUUUUCCCAUGGAAAACAUGCAUACCUUGUA